UGUUUUGAAAUUGUUUCAUGUCGUUUUCUUAGAAAAAUCAGGGCUGAAUGUGUAUACUCUGAAUCGAAUGAUAGUUUGCCUUACAGAAGCAACCAAAAUGCGUAUGUCUAUUAACACCCCAGAGGAUAUAACAGUGAACGAACAAUUCGUCCAACUGGUGCGGAAAACUCCAAUCCUGUGGAAUCUGCACUUACCUUAUUACCGAAAUAAACGGUUAAAAGAACAAAAAUGGGUCGAAGUAGGAGCGCAUUUUAAUCUUACUGGUGCAGAGGCUUAUAGAAAAUUUGUCGGCCUCCGGGAGAAAUACAAACGUGAGCAAAAGCUCGCCGAGUCGAGGAAAUUAGCACCCGUGGAUUGCUGGUGCCUAUACGAAAAAUUAAGAUUCCUCGAUUCAGUUUCGAUUUCGCGAGAGCGACGGUGCGGAACGCCGAAAACAAAUACUAAAGGACAACGUGUUUCUUCCAUUAUGUCGAAUACGCAAGAUUUUAAUGGUUUAGUUAAAACCGAGUUUCCGAAUGGUGGUUCAAGUUCCGAAUCACACUCUGGUGCGUCACAAAUUCCCGGGGAACCUUUCGAUGACUCUUGCGAAACCUUCCAAGAUAGUUGUAAUGAAGUUGCGAUGCACGGUAUAGACUCAGACAGUGCUAUUGGGACGGACUUUCGAACAGAGGAACACAUUGAAAGUACACCCGAUACCUAUCCGCACGAAAUGGAAACCCAUUCAAGUUGUUCACGGACAGAACAAUUCUUAACCAGGCUAGAAACAAAAACUAAUGCCAUUCUCAGUGAUUGCACUCGACGGAGUGGCAGUUGGGCAAGAUGUGAAACUCUGGGAAAUCGAGUGGCUCAGACAAUGUUUGCCUUGGAGGAAAACGAUCCUGAUUUGGCGUUGAAAUUUGAUAUUAUGUUAAGUGAAGCGAUUACCAGUAUUAAGAAAAGUCAACUCGAGAGGUUAACGAGUGGACAGACACAGUAGAUAGUUAUAGUUCGACGAAUGACAACAAAUGGAUUAGCGGAAAGCACAUUAAUGUUUGUUUCUUAACAACGGAUAUACAAAUCGAUGCAACUUCAAAUGUAGUUGAGCAUGUUAGGUAUAAG